AUGAAAUUUAUUCCUACGUCAAAGAAAAAUAUCAAUCAAACCAAUCGUCACAAAGAACUAGAUGUUCACACACACACACAUCUAAUUUGUAUCAUGGAAUCCGCAGCACAGAACGGUAAUACUGAUAAGGAAAUAUCUUCAAAAACUAAUGCUAUUCUUAGUUCAGAUGAUCAACAAAAUGUAUNUUCUCCUUCUUCUCACGUUUUUAUUCUUAUCGUUCAGAUUUUUCUUCUUUAUUUUUAA